ACGACUCCUGCAUAGCGGAAGGAGAUUGCAUGCGGACAUGGAACAGGCGGGACCGAUCAGAUAUGUAUCACCCGCUUCUUCAUGACGGGACCGAGUUCUAGAUGAUGGAACCGAGAACCCAUCACAACUUCCGUCGAAUGAUAUAAAGAGCAAUCCUUGUUCCCAUGAGUCUCCACAAAGAUGACGACAGUGCGCGAACGGAACAAUGGCUAUGCGACUCUAUGGUUCCAAGCUGUCAACUUGUACACAGAGGGUGAUGCUCGUGUUGAAUGAGCUCGAUCUCUCCUAUGAGUUUUGAUCAGUAUCGAUAUGAAGAGAGGAGAGCACAAGACAUCAGACUUCAUCCGAGAUGUCCAUCCUUUCGGAAAGCUUCCCGCCUUCGAGGAUGGAUCAUUGCAUAUCUUUGAAUCAAGAGCCAUAUGCAGAUACCUGGUUGCCAAGUAUGCAUCUCCAGACUCGGUGAUGCUACCUCCCACGAAGUUAGAAGAUAUUGCAAGUUUCGAGCAGGUGGCUUCUGUUGAGAGCUCAUACUUCGAUACCAGCAUCUUCAAGAUUGCAUACGAGAAGAUGUUCAAGCAAUUCUUUGGUCUUGGUGAAGCAGAUACCGCCGAAAUGAGAAAGUCGGAAAAUGAUCUCAAAGAAGUGCUCGACUACUAUGAUCAAGUUCUUGCGAGCCAGCGAUAUUUGACCGGAAGUAAAGUAUCACUGGUUGACUUGUUCCAUCUCCCAUGGCUUCACUUUCUUCCCCGCCUUGGGAUCGAAGACGAAAUCUUGUCUCGAAAGAAUGUCGCAGUCUGGUGUGAACGACUGGAGCAGCGAGCGACGUGGUGCAAAGUCGUGCAGGUGAUCGCUUCUUGACCGUUUCGGGAAUUGUUCAUGGUUAUCAGUCAUUAUUGUCUUUGUCGUCCAGUGGACUUUUCUUUUUCGAACUCGGACACGUUCGGCAAGGUGGCGCAACGUCGCGACUCCUGAGAUGCACAUACUCAAGUAGUGUCCUCAAAUACCAGUGUGCUCAUCAUCAUGGAUGUCCGUCGCUCCCCAUUACCCUGUCGACACGAAGGUGGACCUAUU